ACGGGGAAAGCUCUUGACCGCGGUUUAGUGCUGAAAAGUAGCAUUUUGGAGCUGGUUUAAAUCAAUUUUAUAUUACAAAAAUGCCCGUUUGCCAGUUUUUCCUCCAAGGCCGCUGUAAAUUUGGCGAUGAUUGUUGGAAUGAACAUAGCAGAGAAGGAGGAAGAGGAGGAGGCGGCGGCGGCUACAACAGCAACAACCGCGGUCCUCCACCACAGCAGAACCGAGGCGGAGGAGGGUUUGGUAAUAAGGUUUGGGUGAAUCCUUCCCAACAGAGAGGAGGAUACGUACAGCCUUCGUCUUUUGGCUCUCGGAACAAUGAUCAGUGGAGCCGCAGAGAUGGUGGAGGUGGUGGGUCAGACUGGGGCAGAGGUGGUGGUGGAGGAGGAGGAGGAAGCUUUGGGAGAAGAGAAAACAUUAAGAGUUCUGAAUUUGGCUUUUCACAAAACCGAUUUUCUGCUCUUGACACUCCAAGCACGUUUGAUAAAGGCAGAAGAGCAGCCACAACAACAAGAGGCGAUGAGGACAAUAGCAGAAUAUGUGAAACUAUUCAAAGUGACAUGGAGGUCUGGGAGAGCUCAGGACAAUGGGGCUUUUCCACUUAUUCUCAUGCCAAGAAUCCACUCUCUGGUUUUUCAGACCUCUCCCCAGAAGAGCUAAGAUUGGAGUAUUACACUUCAAGAGCCUCAGGAAAUCUCCAAAAUUAUAUCAAUGGCAUAAAUCAGCUCCUCAGCCAGUGGAGGAGUAGAGUUCGGGAACUCAAAGUAAUGAAUGCCUCAACUAGAGCAGCCUUGAUAACAGAACUAAACAGCACUGUGUCUCAAGAAUCUUCAACAGGCUUUGGUUCAACUGACACUGGAUCAGCAUUUGGCAGCAAAAGCUUUGGGGCGUCUGACCAGCUGAGUACUUUUAGCUUUCCUGGAGCCCCUGCGACUGGAUUUGGAUCUCCAUCAGUUCUUCCCUCCACAGGAUUUGGUAGUGCUUCAUCAGCACCACCCACUUCUGGUUUCGCUGGUGCCCCUACAGCACCACCACCCCCUGGUUUUGGCGGUGCCCCCACAGCACCACCCCCCACCGGUUUUGGAGCUACAUCACCUCCUACAGCUUCCUCCUUUUCUUUUGCUGCCUCAGACAAAACCUCCAACGCAGCCCCUUCAGGUUUUGGGUCUGCAUCAGGUUUCAGUUUUUCUGCCGGCACUGGAGGAGGGUUUGGCACUGGCUUUGGGGCUACUGCCACUACAACUUCCACCUUUGGAUCUACCAGUGCAUUUGGACAACCAAGCACAUCUGUGCCUGCUCCUGCUGUCCCUGCCAGUGGAGCGACAGACUCUCUGUUUUCUACUGAAAGCAGUUUGACUUCAGAGGAGCUCAAUCAAUUCAAAGCUAAAAGAUUUACACUUGGUCAGAUUCCACUGAAACCUCCUCCUGCUAACCUGCUUGUAGUGUAAUUCAUUUAAAUUGUAUGAUUAAAGUAAUUACUCAUACAGCAAAACUCAAUGACAUAUUAACAUUUUAAACAAUAUAUCUGCAUAGUAAAUAUCUACACCAUUAAAUUAUUUUAU